UCUACAUUAUGAGACAAGAAGUCGGUAGUAGACGCAUGUUAAAUUAUAGAGAAUGCUACAGAGAAUAAGUUCAAACUAGGAUGGUGCUACUACUACUACUGUCUUUUGCAAGUAUUCUACUAGUUCUAAUUUAUCUCCAGUUCCGAUGGCGAUACAGAUAUAUUUUGGCCACAGCUAACAAACUGCCUUGUCCACCGGGCUGGCCACUCAUUGGUAAUGCUCUAUCCCUUCUAGGGGAUUUUUCUCGUACGACGAAAAAUCUCUUCAAAAAUUUUACAGAGUUUAAAAAGCAUUUCUGCCUUUGGGUUGGACCUGUACCAAUUUUUGUAAUAUCUGACCCAUCAGAUGUACAGAUUAUCCUGAAUAGUAGUAACACAUUAGAAAAAGACGAUACGGCGUACACUAUUUUGAAGAUAUUUGGAGGAAAUGGCUUGGUAACUGCUACAGUUUCGAUUUGGAAAAAGACUCGGCGUUUAAUCAAUCCUGUUUUUCACCCCACAAACCUUCACAAAUUCCUGCCAGUGUUUAAUGACGUGAGCAGAGAAUUGGUUCAAGAAGUUGACGUCGAAGGCGAGAUAUUUGACCCUUCUGAUUUGUUCUCUAAUGCGGCGCUAGACGCUAUAUCAAGAACAGUUCUUACAAAAAGACCUGUAGAAAAAUCAAUAAGAGGGACAAUUCAAAAGGGAUUGAAAAAUCUUGGAGAAUUGGUUCAUGAAAGUACAUACAAGCCAUGGCUACAAAUAGAAUGGAUCUCGAAGCUACUAGGAAGCAAACUUAAAUAUACACACCAGCUUUAUUUGGAAGUAGCGGACUAUUUUGAAAAACUUUCGAAGGAAGAACUCUGUGAUGAAGAAUACAACAAGAGACAAAAAUAUGGAUAUAAUGAUUCUCACUACAAAACCCUUCUGGACGUCUUCAAGGAUAACCCAUCUGUAGCUGGAGAUGAGUAUGACUGGAGGGAUGAACGGCAUACAAUGCUCGGUGCAGGAACGGAAACAGUUACUUCUGCUCUUUCAUUUUUUUCAAUCCUUCUUGCAAAUCACCCAGAUGUGCAGGAAAAAAUCUACAGAGAGAUCCUGCAGGAAGUUGAGGACCCUAGUACUGUUACUAUCUCUGACCUGAAGUCUCUGACAUACUUGGAACAAUCCCUCAAUGAAUGUUUGAGGCUAUAUCCAAGUGUUCCAGCCAUUUUGAGGAAAGCUACUAGGAACACGAAACUGUCUACAUUCACGCUGCCAGCCAAUAGUCGUGUGCUGAUUCCUUUCUACGCCAUGGGCCGAGAUGAGGAACAGUUUCCUGAUCCUGAAAUAUUUCUCCCUGAUCGUUUCUCGCCAGACGCCUCUGAAGGAAGGCAUCCGUAUUCGUUCCUCCCUUUUAGUGGUGGACCACGAAACUGCAUAGGAAAGGUGUACGCUAUGUUCUUCAUGAAGACAGUUAUGGUGCAUUUGUUAAGAAGUUACAAACUGCAUACCAAAGUACGUUUGUGUGAUAUAGAACCUUGUAUCAAUGUUGUAAUGGCAUCUAACACGAAACUCCUCAUACGAUUUGAAAGUCGAUAAUCUAUUUUCAAAUCAAAUUAAUGCAAGGUAAAAGCUUUUCUUUUUGCAUUUAAACAUUUAUAACUGUAAGGUCAGCUAAUUAUAAAUCAGAUAAAUAAAUAGAUGUAUUAAAACUAAUGAUAUGUUACUAUGUUUUGUAUGUAAUAUAUAAAUAAUACAACAUCUUUGGUAAUGAA